AGGAUGUUUGGUCCUGCCCGUCACUUCACCCGGCCAAACGCCAAGGGAGAGUAUGAGAUCGCUGAGGGAAUCGGAGCCAGCAUAUUCAAAGUCGUCCUGGACUUUUACAAAGGGGGUAUCCUGCAGUGUCCAGAGGGGGUGUCAGUGUCUGAGCUCAGAGAAGCGUGUGACUACCUCUGUAUUAACUUUGACUACAGUACCGUCAGGUGCCGAGACCUCAGUGCAUUGCUGCAUGAGCUGUCCAACGAUGGUGCAAAGCGUCAGUUUGAUGUCUUCCUAGAGGAGCUAGUUGUUCCGGUGAUGGUGUCUAGUGCUCAGGAGGGGGAGAGGGAGUGUCACAUCGUAGUUCUCACAGAUGAUGACAUAGUGGAUUGGGACCAUGACAACCCUCCACCCAUGGGAGAGGAGUACUCACAGAUUCUGUACAGCACCAAGCUCUACCGCUUCUUCAAGUACAUAGAGAACAGAGAUGUGGCCAAAGCACUGUUAAAGGAGAGAGGACUGAAGAACAUUCGCAUCGGCAUUGAGGGGUACCCUACCUGUAAGGAGAAGGUGAAGCGCCGUCCCGGUGGGAGGUCAGAGGUCAUCUAUAACUACGUGCAGCGGCCCUUCAUCCAGCUGUCCUGGGAGAAGGAGGAAGGGAAGAGUCGACACGUGGACUUCCAGUGCGUCCGAAGCAAGAGUGUCCCCAACCUCAUCGCCUCUCUGGGGGAGCCAACACGACCCGCAGCCACACCCAACCCGCAGGUCGAUGAGCUGGAUAGGCUGAUCAGCCCUGAUCCCCGCCCCCAGUCUCAGGCCCCACCCCCACCCACCAAUGAUAGUUGA